AUGGUCUCGCGUCUCAGCCCGCUCUUGGUCUUCGUCCUGGCGCUGUAUGCGCUCGGUGGCGGGGCCUCCAACCAGCAGCACCCCAAGUCGGACCAUCAGCAGCUUGAGCUGGACGCGAGCGAGCGGCGCCUGGUUCAGCGGGAGAUCCUGGCGGUGCUCGGGCUGCACGCACGGCCCCGGCCCCGGCCCCGCGCGCCCCCCGCGUCCGCGCCGCGCUUCAUGCUGGAUCUCUACCACGCCAUGGCCGGCGACGACGACCAGAACCUCGACGACGAGGACGACGGGCUCCAGGAGCCGGGACUCGGGCGCGCCGAUCUGGUCAUGAGCUUCGUCAACAUGGUGGAGCACGACCAGGCCCUGACCCCCACGGAGCCCUGCUGGAAGGAGUUCUGGUUUGACCUGACCCAGAUCCCAUCUGGGGAAGCAGUUACGGCCGCUGAGUUCCGGAUUUACAAGGUGCCGAGCGCCCACCAGGUCAAGAGGACCCUCCAUCUCAGCAUAUUUGAGGUGCUCGGGGAGCAGUCCAAAAGGGAAGCUGACCUGUUACCAUUGGAUCUACAGAUCAUUCAACCAGAGGAUGAGGGCUGGCUUGUGUUGGAUAUCACGAGAGUCCGUGACCACUGGUUGUUGAACCGCCACAAGGACCUUGGACUUCGCCUCUACGUGAAAACAGAAGAUGGACAUAGUGUGGAGCCUAGCCUGGCUGGUCUACUGGGGCGCAGGGCACCACGCCCAGAACAGCCCUUCAUGGUCACGUUCUUUAGGGCGAGCCCGAAUCCUGUCCCAGUGUCCCGGGUCGUGAGGUCGCUGAGGAGCAAGGUGCUGGAAAAAACCAAUAAGCUGCUGCAGCAAAACAACUUCCCAGGGAUCUUUGAUGGCGUCCAUGGCUCCCAUAGGCGGCUCCCCUGCCGACGCCACGAGCUCUACGUCAGCUUCCGAGACCUCAAAUGGCUGGAUUGGAUCAUCGCCCCCCAAGGCUACUUGGCCUAUUACUGUGAGGGAGAUUGCUUCUUCCCGCUGGACGCCUGCAUGAAUGCCACCAACCACGCCCUCAUGCAGUCCCUGAUUCACCUGAUGAAGCCUGAUGUCGUCCCCAAGCCAAGCUGUGCACCCACCAAGCUGUCCUCCGCCUCGGUGCUCUACUAUGACAACAACAACAAUGUCGUCCUGCGUAAGCAGCGCAACAUGGUGGUUGAUUCCUGUGGCUGCCAGUGA